CGGAGGGCGGGAGCGGCGGGGACGCGCGCUUCGCCUGGGUCGCCGGCGGACGCGCGCAGCAGUCCGAGCCUCCGACGCGCGGGAGCGAGGGACCGCGCAGGGACAGCCGGACUGGGGCAGCUGGAGGCGACAGCUUCUGAAACACGCACGACAGCUGCGUUCCGGGGUCUUGGGCAGUAGCGCCCCGGCGGGACGGUGGGCGCGGCGCGAAAACACAUGGAACAAGGAACACUGCAUGAAUGGGAUUUCUGUGAUAGUCUCCAGUGACACCCAGUACCUCUGCUUGCUGAAGGCUUUGACCAAGGCUACUGCCAGCUGUUAAUGUCAACCUGAGAAAAGGAGGACAUAUAAAUCAAGGACGCCUUGGGAGGUUUCUGACCAGUGGAUCUUCUGAAGAGCAAUGCUAAGACAUCCUUUGACUUAAAGAAUUAAAAAGAAUACCACUUCUUCAAGUAAGAAGACUUGCUUCAAAGUUCCCUGCAUGAAAAAUUAUUUGAACAUUGCACACAAACCUUCUGUGGAAGAAGAAAAGGAAAGUCCGUGUGCGGGUCUCAUCAGGAGUAGAGCUGAUACAGCUUAAAAUAAUGCCGAAAAAGAAGCACUUCUCUGCAGGCAGAGUGCCCUUGAUCCUCUUCCUGUGCCAGAUGAUUAGUGCUCUGGAUGUACCUCUCGAUUCAAAGCUUCUUGGCGACUUGGUACAGCCUCCAACCAUCACCCAACAGUCACCAAAGGACUACAUUAUUGAUCCUCGGGAGAACAUUGUAAUCCAGUGUGAGGCUAAAGGGAGGCCUCCUCCAAGCUUUUCCUGGACCCGUAAUGGAACUCAUUUUGACAUAGACAAAGACCCUCUGGUCACCAUGAAGCCUGGCUCAGGAACACUCGUCAUCAACAUCCUGAGUGAAGGGAAAGCAGAGACCUAUGAAGGAGUCUAUCAGUGCACAGCGAGGAAUGAGCGUGGAGCUGCGAUCUCUAACAACAUUGUUGUCCGCCCAUCCAGGUCGCCCUUGUGGACCAAAGAAAGACUUGAGCCAAUAACACUUCGAAAUGGUCAGUCAUUGGUUCUUCCCUGUAGACCUCCAAUUGGAUUACCACCAGCCAUAAUAUUUUGGAUGGAUAAUUCCUUUCAAAGACUUCCACAGAGUGAGCGGGUUUCCCAAGGCCUGAAUGGAGACCUUUAUUUCUCCAAUGUUCUCCCAGAGGAUACCCGGGAAGACUAUAUCUGCUAUGCCAGAUUUAAUCACACUCAAACCAUACAACAGAAGCAACCUAUUUCUUUGAAGGUGAUUUCAGUGGAUGAAUUGAAUGACACUAUAGCUGCUAAUUUGAGUGACACUGAGUUUUAUGGUGCUAAACCUAGUAAAGAGAGGCCACCAACAUUUCUAACUCCAGAAGGCAAUGAAAGCCUCAAAGAGGAGCUAAGAGGAAAUGUGCUUUCACUAGAGUGCAUAGCCGAAGGCCUACCUACUCCAGUCAUUUACUGGAUCAAAGAAGAUGGAACACUUCCUGUCAACCGGACGUUUUAUCGGAACUUUAAGAAAACCUUGCAGAUCACUCAGGUUUCAGAAGCAGACUCUGGAAAUUAUCAGUGCAUAGCGAAGAACACACUAGGAGCUGUCCAUCAUACCAUUUCUGUCACAGUUAAAGCGGCUCCAUACUGGAUUUCUGCACCUCAAAACCUUGUGCUAUCCCCAGGAGAGAAUGGGACCCUUAUCUGCAGAGCUAAUGGCAACCCCAAACCCAGAAUUGGCUGGUUAACAAAUGGAGUCCCAGUAGAAAUUGCUCCCGAUGACCCCAGCAGAAAAAUAGAUGGUGAUACCAUUAUGUUUUCCAAUGUUCAAGAAAGAUCAAGUGCGGUUUAUCAGUGCAAUGCCUCUAAUGAAUAUGGGUAUUUACUAGCAAAUGCAUUCGUAAAUGUGCUCGCUGAACCACCUCGAAUUCUCACAUCUGCGAACAUACUGUAUCAGGUCAUCGCAAACAGACCUGCCUUGUUAGACUGUGCCUUCUUUGGGUCUCCUCUGCCUACCAUUGAGUGGUUUAAAGGAACCAAAGGAAGAGCUCUUCAUGAAGACAUUUAUGUUUUACAUGAUAACGGAACAUUAGAAAUUCCCGUGGCCCAAAAGGACAGUGCAGGGACAUAUACGUGUGUCGCGAGAAAUAAAUUAGGGAUGGCAAAGAACGAGGUUCACUUGGAAAUCAAAGAUCCAACCAGGAUCAUUAAACAACCCGAAUAUGCAGUCGUGCAGAGGGGGAGCAAAGUGUCCUUUGAAUGCAAAGUGAAACACGACGAUACCUUAAUCCCCACCAUCAUGUGGUUGAAGGACAAUGGAGAACUGCCCAAUGACGAAAGAUUCUCCGUUGACAAGGAUCAUCUGGUGGUAACUGAUGUAAGUGAUGAUGAUGGAGGGACCUAUACGUGUGCAGCCAACACGACGCUGGACAGCGUUUCCGCCAGCGCUGGGCUCCGGGUUGUCGCUCCUACUCCAACUCCAGCCCCCAUUUACGAUGUCCCGAAUCCUCCCUUUGAUUUAGAAUUGACCAAUCAACUUGACAAAAGUGUUCAGCUCACCUGGACCCCAGGCGAUGAUAACAAUAGCCCCAUUACAAAAUUCAUCAUUGAAUAUGAAGAUGCAAUGCAUGAGGCAGGGAUAUGGCACCACCAGGCUGAAGUUUCUGGAACACAGACCACAGCGCAGCUGACGCUGUCUCCGUAUGUGAACUACUCCUUCCGAGUCAUGGCGGAGAACAGCAUCGGGAGGAGUGUGCCCAGCGAGGCAUCGGAGCAAUACCUGACGAAAGCCGCAGAACCAGAUCAAAACCCCACGUCUGUGGAAGGAAUAGGCACAGAACCGGACAACUUGGUGAUUACAUGGAAGCCCUUGAAUGGGUUUCAAUCGAAUGGGCCUGGCCUCCAGUACAAAGUGAGCUGGCGCCAGAAAGAUGGUGAUGAUGAGUGGACGUCUGUGGUUGUAGCCAAUGUAUCCAAAUACAUUGUCUCUGGCACACCAACCUUUGUCCCUUACCUGAUAAAAGUUCAAGCCCUGAAUGAUGUGGGGUUUGCUCCAGAACCAGCUGCAGUCAUGGGGCAUUCUGGAGAAGACCUUCCGAUGGUGGCUCCUGGGAAUGUGCGUGUCAAUGUGGUAAACAGUACUUUGGCAGAGGUACACUGGGACCCAGUACCUCUGAAGAGUGUCCGGGGACACUUACAAGGCUACCGGAUUUACUACUGGAAGGCUCAGAGCUCAUCCAAAAGAAACAGACGCCAUAUAGAGAAGAAGAUCCUCACCUUCCAGGGCAGCAAGACGCAUGGCAUGCUGCCAGGGCUGCAACCAUACAGUCACUAUACUCUCAAUGUCCGAGUGGUCAACGGGAAAGGGGAGGGCCCAGCCAGCACCGACAGAGCCUUCCAUACUCCAGAGGGAGUCCCCAGUGCUCCCUCAUCUUUGAAAAUUGUCAAUCCUACACUGGACUCUCUCACUUUGGAAUGGGACCCGCCAAGCCACCCAAAUGGCGUCCUGACUGAGUACACCUUACGAUAUCAGCCAAUUAACAGCACACAUGAACUAGGCCCUCUGGUAGACUUAAAAAUUCCUGCCAACAAGACACGCUGGACUUUAAAACAUUUAAAUUUCAGCACUCGGUACAAGUUUUAUUUCUAUGCACAAACAUCGGUGGGAUCAGGCAGCCAGAUCACAGAGGAAGCCAUAACAACUGUGGACGAAGGUAAGAUGGCUGGUAUUCUUCCACCUGAUGUAGGUGCAGGCAAAGUUCGAGCAGUGAAUCCAAGGAUCAGCAAUCUCACUGCUGCGGCUGCUGAGACGUAUGCCAAUAUCAGUUGGGAGUAUGAGGGACCAGAGCAUGUGAAGUUUUAUGUUGAAUAUGGUGUAGCAGGCAGCAAAGAAGAAUGGAGGAAAGAAAUUGUAAAUGAUUCUCGAAGCUUCUUUGGGUUAAAGGGUCUAAUGCCAGGAACAACAUACAAAGUUCGAGUUGGUGCUGAGGGGGAUUCUGGUUUUGUGAGUUCAGAGGAUGUGUUUGAGACAGGCCCAGCAAUGGCAAGCCGGCAAGUGGAUAUUGCAACCCAGGGCUGGUUCAUAGGCCUGAUGUGUGCUGUUGCCCUCCUCAUCUUAAUCUUGCUCAUCGUUUGCUUCAUUAGAAGAAACAAGGGUGGUAAAUAUCCAGUUAAAGAAAAGGAAGAUGCUCAUGCGGACCCUGAAAUCCAGCCCAUGAAGGAAGAUGAUGGAACAUUUGGAGAAUACAGGUCUUUUGAAAGCGAUGCAGAAGACCACAAGCCUUUGAAAAAAGGAAGCCGAACACCUUCAGACAGGACUGUGAAAAAAGAAGAUAGUGAUGACAGCCUGGUUGACUAUGGAGAGGGGGUGAAUGGCCAGUUCAAUGAGGAUGGCUCCUUUAUUGGACAAUACAGUGGUAAGAAAGAGAAAGAACCAGCCGAGGGAAAUGAGAGCUCAGAGGCCCCUUCACCUGUCAACGCCAUGAACUCCUUUGUUUAAGUCUUUAAGCUCCGUGUCAGUGUCCCAUUUCUCUGGAAUGUUUUCCUGAGCACUUCUCCCCCCUCUCAUUCUGUGGACAUGUGGGUAGAAAGAAUGUUUUCUGCUGUAUGUGAGUAUUAUGAGAACAGAGCAAGAACGUCACUCAGUCAAACGAUACGUUAACAUGAACGGGGGCACAAAGUGCGUACUUUUUUGUUCAGAGUGGGUUUUCUCAAUUUCCUUGGAACCGAUUAAAAAUGAAAUUCAACAUCCUCAAUAGAUCACAUUAUUCCCUGUGUGGGAUACAGUUCAAUAAGAUGCAUGAAACCUGCUGCACAGAGGACACACCUGUGUAUGUGAUUGCGACAUGGUCGGGCACUUUGUUGACACUAUGCUCAGCCGAAGCCUGAAUAUAAAUUCCGUUGUUAUUGUGGAGAGUGUUACUGUAGUGUUCUCUAGAGCUCCAGUGUCUCUGCGGACAUUGUUGUGGAAGUCGUGACUAUGUCUAGUUGUCGUUAGUCUUUUCAGGAGACUGUUAGGAAUGGUAUGUACAGUAUCUACUUGCUACAUGAGUUAAUUAUGUCAGGUGCAUCUGCUAAUGCUCAGUGAGACUCUGUUACCUACCCUUUACUCCUGGUACUUCCUAGGCUUCUUAACCUUCCAGGUUCCAGUGGCAGUAUUUCACUUCUUACACUCUCUGUGUUCAGUCAUCUGGGGGCAUAAACAUUGCAUUUUGUGACACCUUCUGGCAUCUGCGCCAUCGUGAAAGAAUUGAAGACAAAACUCUCAAGUUAGAUUUUAAGUUUUAGUUCAAAAAUUGCAGGGCAAGACACAUGCAGUGCCUUCGGACAAUGAGCAUCCCCUGGCUCCUGUACUCUGUAUGGGCCAGUCUGGGCAACUCCAUCCUGUGUUACUGCUGCUGUUAGAAAUGAACCUUUAAAAGGCAGAGAUAAUGAGAGAUGACAUGCUGGAAAAUUGUGAAAAUAAAAACAAGUUUAUUUGAAGGGGCUUUCCCCCAUAAAUGUCAAAAACAAAGAAAGCUUUGUCAUUGGCUGGAGCAUGUGUUGGUUUUGUGGUCUUUUCUGGUUUCUAGCCAAACAAGUCACAUUGAAAAAGAAAAAUGGCGUGGUUGGAAAUGGAUGGAAAAACAAAUGAUUGUAGAACUAAAAACAUACAACAGCAUGCAAACAGUGAUACACUACCCACUGUACCUGUAUGAGCUUUCAAACUCUGCAGCAUUCAGCAAUGUGAAUGCAAGUUGCAACGGGCACACUCCAGAAUCUGCAAAAUCUGGCAAGCGCUUAAUUAGGUCAGCAGUCAAAGGGAUUACAGCUGCAGUCUAAAGAAUAAAUACAUAGAUCCUAUUAUAGUCAUAAACAAUGUGUAUGAAAUGACUUACCUCCAAUAUAAAAAUCUAUGACAACCUAUGGUUGAAGGAACGCUCAAUCAUUUGCCAAUAAAUUGGUUUCUCAUAACUUGCAUCAAGUUUAAUUUUAAGUAAAGCUUUUUAUAUGUAGCUAUUCUGUUGAAUCUGUAAAUAUACAUAAAGUGUAGAAGCUAUAUGCUUAUAGGUGUUAUGUGCAAAUAAACACGCAAGCAAUGUU